GAAGCGGCCGGUGUCAGGUAGUAGUGGCACAAAGCUGGUCGGUGAUUGUGUCACUGGGGGUUGAAAAAACAUGAGAUUAACACAAUGAAGCCUACAAUGGAUUGGUCGUUUGCGGCCCCAUCUGCCGUCAACUCGCCUCGGUAAUCCCAUUAAGUUCUUAAGGCCCCGGUCUAAAAAUAGGAGAAAAUGACAGAAAACACAAGAAGCCACACGUCAUUAGAUGCGAGCGCACAGAAACUUAAGUUAUGGAGCUGAUUUCCCUCUUCCGCGGUGCGUCCGGUGGAUUUCAUACGAGCAAAUCAUGGCUCCUGAGGAGAUGAGAGGAGAGGAGAGGAGAGCCGAAGGAGCGAGAAGCCGCUGAGAUGGAGGGAGACGAAUAAGAGGGAGGAUUAGGUUCAAGCAGCGGAUGUCCCAGCCAACUUAAACAGGAAUCUCUUCCCGUAUUGAAUGAAAUAAGGAUGGGUACAUUCGUGACCCUGGCGGAGGUGUUGGAGGCCCGGGGUUCACCGCUGGAGGAGGAUGAGGUCUGGUGUCUGCUGCUCGCCAUCACUGAGGCCUUACUGGACGUCUCCAGCAAAGGUGCGGGUAACGUGUGCAGCGUGCUGAGCCCCGGCUCCGUGCUGCUGUCGGCCAGCGGCAGCCUGGCCUUCAAGAGCUGCGCCCGCUACGAGGACGUGGCCUCCUUCACGGCCCCCGAGCUGCAGCAGGGCCACGCCGCCGCCACCAGGACCGCGGCUGAAAAGGUGGUCGUCUACUCGCUGGGCAUGACUCUGUACUGGUGUGUGGACUACCAGCUGCCUCAGAACCAGCCGGUGCCGCUGAGCACCAGGCUGGACAGUCUGCUGCUCAGUAUGUGUGAGGACGAGGUGGCGAGGCGGAGUGACCUGCUGACGGUGCUGGAGACCUGCGAGCUUCACCACAAGGCGGCGCUGCUGCCUCCGCCAGAGCGGCUGCUGCGGCAGCUGGUGGACGACACGCUGCGAGAGUCGGUCGAUCGCGUCUCCUCGGCUGAAAACGGCUCCCAGCUCACCGACCGCAGCCAGAUGGUCCGGGAGAGAUUACGCCGAGGCUCGCUCGGCAGCUCCCCCUGGGCCACGAGGAGGAAGUUCUCCGUUCCUUUCUCGGGAAUGUCUUAUCCAUCGAAGCCGGUCGGGAUGCCCCGGCACAGAGACAUCUACAGCAGCUGGCAGCAGCUGCCUCGCAGUCCGUUCAUGGACGGCGGCCGACGUGCCAACAGAGCCUCGCUCACACACUUCGAGUCCACCAUGAGUCUGAACGACAGGAAAGCCAAGGAUUUGGGCCCCGAGUUCAUCAGGAUGUUAGACGAGCCUCUGGUCAUGCUGGAGCUGCCUGGAUCCAUCGUGUCGAAGAAAGGGAAGUCUCCGAGCACGCAGAGGGAGCUGAGCGUGGUGAUGCCCAGCGGCCAGAGCGUCCUGGUCAGGUGUGAGGUGAAAUCCCGCGCGGGAGACGUGUUCGACAUGAUCGUGGCUCACUCCAACCUGGUGGAGCACUUCUACUUUGGCCUUGCUUACAUUGACGAUAAUGAAUUUUUCUUCCUGGAAAACGACACAAAGAUUUCCAAAGUUGCCCCUGACAGCUGGAAGAAAGUGCCUACAGCCACCUUUGUCCUUUUCUUUCGGGUCAAAUUCUUUGUCAGUGACAUUUCCCUUCUUUUGCACAAACUGACCCGUCACCAGUACUACCUCCAGUUGAGGAAAGACCUUUUGGAGGACAGGCUGUCCUGCCAUGAGGAAACUGCUCUUUACCUCGGUGCUCUGGCCCUGCAGGCCGAGUACGGAGACUGCCCGCCUCAGGUGUACAGCAGGAACUACUUCCGGCCUGACCAGUACGUCUCCAAGAGUGUGAUGGAGAGACGUGCCUUGCCUUACAUUCAGGAGGAGCUGCUGCGCCUGCACAUCAACAACGCCCAGAUGCUCACCGACGAAUCAGAGCUGGAGUUUCUCAAGGUGAGCCAACAGUUGCCGGAGUAUGGCGUGUUUUUCUACCGUGUGAAACGUGACAAAAGGCCCGCGGACGGAGAGAUGGUCCUCGGGGUUUGUGCCAAAGGAGUCGUCGUGUACGAGGUUAGAAACGGCUGCCGAUCCACCAGUCAGACGCUGGACUGGAGGGAGACGGCGAGCAUCUCCUCCAACAAACGUAAAUUCGUGAUAGAGAGCCGGAGCAGCAACAAAAAGUACACCUUCAUCACCGAGAGGUCGAAGAUCGCCAGGUACCUGUGCACCCUCUGCUCUGCACAGCACAAGUUCAACAACGAGAUGAGCUCCCGCCAGCUGAGCCACAGCCUCGCCUCAGAGGAGAGCAUUGUGCAGUACGCCGCGGUGUGCCGCGCUCAGAGCAGCCAGCUCAAGUCCUUCUCGUGUUCGGAGACGCCGCAGGACGACAGCGGCCCGACGACGCCCCAGAACGAGCCCACGACCAAACUGUGCGACGACGUGGCGGCCCGCAUCGAGGCCCGCAUCCGGCAGCAGCGGCAGGGCCUCAACGAUCAGAGCACCGGCUCCAGCAGCCAGCACAGCAGCGGAGGCGUGCGCUCCCCGGCCUGCUCGCAGAGAAGCGGAUCUGAAGCCCCGUCCAACUGUUCAGGUGCUAGAGAUACUCCGACCAGACAGGCGGCGUCAUCAGACAGAGAGGUCAUAUGUGUUUCCUUGAAGAAAGACGCCAAGCUCGGCCUCGGUAUAGUGAUCGUAGGAGAGGACACGGUGGGACGGUACGACCUGGGGAUCUUUGUGGCCUCCGUCGUUCCCGGUGGGCCUGCCGAUAAGGACGGACGCAUCCGACCAGGUGGUCGCCUGCUCUCUCUGAACCACACCAGCCUGGAGGGGGUGACCUUCAGCGAGGCGGCAGAGGUCAUGCAGAACAGCCCCGAGGAGGUGCAGCUCAUUGUCUCGCAGCCAAAAGUCAAUCUGACCCCCAACAACGUGCGCUCUCCUGCGCUGAGGAACUACGAGUCCCAGACGACGCUGGCGGCGGACGGCCGAUCCAGAGACGACAGCCUGGACGAAAUCGUCUCGGUCAUGAUGACGCCGAAGAGCAGCGGCAGGCUGCACGUCCCCCAGGACGUACGCAUCCACAACGCUCAGGACGGCUCGCUGUCCUCGUCUCUGAGCUGCGUGAGGCCCGACGAGCUCAGCGUGGAGCUCAGGAAGACGGAGGGGAGUCUGGGCAUCGGCAUCUCUGGCGGCGUCGACACCGGCCUCGCCAACGGAGGAAUCUACAUCAAGAGCCUCGUUCCCGGGAAGGCGGCCGAGAGGGACGGACGAGUGCAGACAGGUGACAGACUGCUGGAGGUGGACGGGAUCAGUUUUCAGGGUUUCACCUACCAGCAGGCGGUGGAGUGUCUGUCCAAGACCGGAGAGGUGGUGACCUUGGUCCUGGAGAGGGAGCCCGUGAACCUGCCCAGGGUUUGCCUCAGCCCGGACGCCGUCGGCAGCCCCAGCGCCACCACCCAGUGCCGGAACAACAGCUGCCCGGCCAUCAUCACCACGCCGUACACGCUGUGCAAACACCCCAGAGACUACAGCUUCGUCACGGACGACAACACGCUGGAGGUGACGCUGAGGAAGAGCACCAACGGCUUCGGCUUCAGCUUCAUCGUGUGCGAGCUGGACCCGCCCAGCAGGGACUACGGCAGCCUGGUGAGGGUCAAGCAGCUGUUCCCCGACCAGCCGGCCCAGCAGAGCGGCCGCAUCCAGGAGGGCGACGUCAUCCUCGCCAUCAACGGCCAGCCGCUCAGGGAGCUGCCGUACACGAAAGUGCUACAUCUGUUCAAGAAGUCGCCACCGGAGGUCCGACUGGCUCUGUGCCGGCCUGCUCCAGGGAUCCUCCCGUCCAUCGAGCAGUUCAGCGGCACAUGAGUGAUGUCAGCGAGCGACGCCGCAGGUUCAGGAGCACACGCCACUUCCUGAUCGAAACCAGGAGGCGGCGACCCCUGAUGAUGUCAUCACCCUGCUCAGUGGUCAGCAGGGUGAACGUGACCAGCUGACUCCGGCACUGAGGAUGCAGACGUGGGCUCGGAGGCUGUGUGUGGUUUCUUCUGAGGAUCUGUGGAUUUUUAGAGAUCAAGUCAACCGGAUAUGAAGAUUUGUUCUUGUUCACAGAAAAAAAAUCCCUGAAACAAGCGAAGCAGCCCCUGGAAACACGGUUUUCCCAGCGUCCAUGAGUCCAGCUGACUCGUCAGGAAGCACGUUUCUCAGGAAACCAAACUAUCACUCUAAUGACGGCAAAUGAAGACGAAACCGACUUCUGAAUUGUUCAAGAUGUCUUUUUUUUUUUUUUUUUUUUGGGCGCAGAAACAAUCAAGCGCAACACUUUCUGUGGGACCAGAAAAAAAUAAAACGCCACUUCUUUGCUG